ACGAGUCGAGAGCCAGGGACCCCCCCCCCACGAGCCGCCGCCUCCCCGGGAUCGGCCAGACGCAGCGCGGGUGGCUCCCCCAGCCCGGUGGGGACGCAGCUGGAGUGGGCAGGGGCCGCGGGCGGCGGACACAGCGGCCCCGUUAAUGAGCAGCGGCCGGAGGGGCAGAUUUCUGAUUGUCUCAGAGGUGGCAGUGAAGCCCACCUUUAGCACAGGAAGAUGAGUGAACUUGACCAGUUACGCCAGGAGGCUGAGCAACUGAAAAACCAAAUCAGAGAUGCCAGAAAAGCAUGUGCAGAUGCCACUCUGGCCCAGAUCACAGCCAACAUUGAUCCAGUGGGUCGAAUUCAGAUGCGUACUAGAAGAACAUUGAGGGGGCACUUGGCUAAAAUUUAUGCAAUGCACUGGGGGACUGAUUCCAGGCUUCUAGUUAGUGCCUCCCAGGAUGGCAAACUUAUCAUCUGGGAUAGCUAUACCACAAACAAGGUCCAUGCCAUUCCCCUGCGUUCAUCUUGGGUGAUGACCUGUGCAUAUGCCCCCUCUGGAAACUAUGUGGCCUGCGGUGGUCUUGAUAACAUCUGUUCCAUUUACAACCUGAAAACUCGUGAAGGAAAUGUACGUGUCAGCCGUGAGCUGGCUGGUCACACAGGUUACUUGUCAUGCUGCCGUUUCCUGGAUGAUAAUCAAAUUGUUACAAGCUCUGGAGACACCACUUGCGCCCUUUGGGAUAUUGAAACUGGCCAGCAGACAACCACAUUUACUGGACACACCGGGGAUGUCAUGAGUUUGUCCCUGGCUCCUGAUGCCAGGUGUUUUGUUUCUGGUGCCUGUGAUGCCUCUGCCAAACUGUGGGAUGUUAGAGAAGGAAUGUGUCGGCAAACAUUCACUGGCCACGAGUCAGACAUCAAUGCCAUCUGUUUCUUCCCAAAUGGCAAUGCAUUUGCCACAGGCUCAGAUGAUGCCACAUGCAGGCUCUUUGAUCUUCGUGCUGACCAGGAGCUUAUGGUUUAUUCACAUGACAACAUCAUCUGCGGCAUCACCUCUGUAGCAUUCUCCAAAAGCGGACGUCUCCUCUUAGCUGGUUAUGAUGACUUUAACUGCAAUGUCUGGGACACGCUGAAAGCUGAUAGAGCAGGUGUCCUUGCUGGCCACGAUAACCGUGUCAGUUGCUUAGGUGUGACUGACGAUGGUAUGGCAGUAGCAACAGGAUCAUGGGAUAGCUUCCUCAAGAUCUGGAACUGAAGCCUACAAGCGACGGACUCCACCGUGACUGGAAGACAUUUCCAACGGUUGAAAACUAAAAUGAUAGCAUAUCCAAUCCAACCAUACUAACUUGGACCCCCCCAUUCUCCUCAAAACUUCAAAGGGCAAGAUCUUUUACCGUCUCCUAUUGCUGAAAUGAAGAGCACAAUUACUUUUCAAAGAAGAAUUUCUGUAGUUGUAAGCAAAUGAA